AUGACAGGUGUGAAUAAACCGAAACCAAAGAUGAUCCAAUCGAUAUUAGCAAUUCCCACCAGUUCAAAGAGAAUAACAUGUUCAACAUGUGAAAUGACUUAUAAUCCUAAUAUUCAUGAAGAUAAAACAUUACAUAAUAAACAUCAUACAAAAUUUAUUAAUGGAGUGCCGUGGAAUACAACUAAUGAUAAAGAUAUUUCAGUGCUUGAAAAUUUUAUAAUUAUUGAUAAGACAUCAGCUGUAAGAUCAACAACAGGAAAACUACGAUCUAAUCGUAAUUCUAUCAAAUGUUCAAUAAUAACAAUCAAUAAAACAAAUAAAAAACAUAUCCAAAAAGUAGAUACUGUUUUAGCUAUGGUUAAUCAAGAAUUGAAUGCAAGUCAGGAUUCUGGACAAUGGAAGAAAUCAGAAUUUGAUAAAAGUAAAGCAUUUAUUUUAAUUAUUGAAGGGAAAGCCGUGGGGUUAUGUACAACUGAUACUAUAGGAUCAAAUCAAGGUAGAUGGAUGAUUCAUAAAUCUCAAACGGUUGUUCCUAAACAAAUAAAUAAAAAUGUUAUUAUUGGAAUAUCAAGAAUUUGGAUUUGUAAUAAAUGGAGACAACAUGGAUUAGCCAUGAAAUUAUUACAAUGUAUCUUGAAACAUUCAAUUUAUGGAGUGAUACUUUCUAAAAAUCAAAUAGCAUUUAGUCAACCAAGUUUUAGUGGAGGAAUGUUGGCAAAAUCGUUUAACGGAGUAGUACACAAGAGUGGUGAAAUGCUACUUCCAGUCUAUAUUGAAUGA